AUGGCGCCCUACAUCAAGUAUGCCCUCGUCCCCCUCUUCGUAGGCUGCAGCGUCUUCGGCGCGUACGCGACCAUCGGCAGCCUCAAGCACAACGGCCUGGGCGCCGUGCUCCGGGGCGUGGCCUCGGGCGACCGGUCGAGCCUGCUGGGCGCCCCGGAGCCCUUCAAGCGCAGCUACACGGGCGUCGCCGCCAUCGACGGCCAGCUGCGCAUCCUGGUCCUCUUCUUCUCGGCCCUGCUCGACGGCGCCGUGCCCCCCGAGACCCGCCUCUUCUACCUCUGGGGCAUGGGCCAGUUCGUCGCCGGCUGGACCCUGGUGCUGCUCGAGAGCCUGCGCGCCGGCAACCGCGGCCGCGCCGUCAGCUGGAUCGCCACCUUCGGCCUCAUCUUCCAGAACAUCAGCUGGACCGUCGCGCUGCCCAUCUGGCUGGCCAUGCACCUGCUGACCUCGCCCGUCGCCAAGCUGCGCAACGGCGACGGCGACGCCGCCCGCAAGACCCUGUUCGUGCUGCUCUGGGACAUGGCGCUCAUCCCGUCCUCGGUCACGGUGGGCUUCAUCGCGCCGGCCAUCCUGAUGCCCAUGUCGGAGCUGCUGCACCAGAGCGCCGCGACGCACUACAACUGGAUCGCCAUCUGGCAGGCGUUCCCGCUCUGGAACGCGCUGAUGCUGCAGGCCUUGCACCAGGCCCUGCUGUUCGUCGUCGGCUCGCUCGAGCUGCGGGACGAGAAGGGCGAGAAGACGACCCCGGGCAAGGGCUACGUGACGGCCGCGGCCGAUGUCUACGGCUUCGCGCUCACCGUCGCCACCUUCUCCCACGUGCCCGUCCUGGCCCUGUCCGUCCUCCCGCCGCCCCUGCGCAAGCUCCUCGCGUCCUUCUUCCCCAGCUACGCGACGUACAUCGAGCGCGGGACCUUUGCCAACAUCUUCGUGCCCCACUCGCCCUCCUCGCCCCCUAGCGUCGUCCCGACGGCCUACGCGAGCGGUGAUCUGGCGCCCGUGGCCAUCCAAUUCCUGCAGUACGACCUGUUCGUGGCCAGCGUGCCGUUCCUGCUGUGGGCUCUGUACCUCUACCAGACCACGGUCAAGAACCCGAGCCUGGUCACUGCGCUGAAGAACGUGGGGUACUGGACCCUGAUCGGCGGCCCUCACGCCGCCGUGGCCGUCCUGCUGCGGGAGCGGGACGAUACGGUACUGGAGGGCGAGGCUCCUCUGGAGAAGAAGAAGAACUAG